AUGUGUCAAGACUCCCUAGGGGAUUUCGCAAGAAACUUGGGCCAGCUCGUCGCGUUAAAUGCGAGGUUUAAUCAAAUUGUCGACCUAAACUCUCGUUACAAAGACUAUCUCUCCACUAUCUGGUCCUUGCAAGAUAGCAGAAACUCAAUCUACCAGAACACGACCAUUCAAAAGUUGACAUAUUUGACUAUCGGCUAUUUGCCUCUAGGUCUAAUAACGGCUAUUUUUGCGAUCCCGCCUGAUCAAAACGUGCUUAUUCUGCAGAUGGGGCUACUAGGAUUCGUCGUCGCUAUUAUCGUAUCGUUCAUCGUGACGUUUACGAUUGUGUUCUCAUUAGAACGAAUCCUAGGUGGUAUCGGAAAGUUGACAACAGCACCAUCGCCAACCCAUGAAGGCAAACAUCCUCUGGCUUUACCAUGA